GCCUCCGCUGCUGGGCCCCGAGGCUGCUCCGAGAGCUCGAGCUCGGCGCCCCGGAUCAGAAGAAAACAGAAGACAGUUCAAAGGUUUUGUCUUAGCUCUCUUCCUCCACCUCACAGCCCCUGAAGGAAGAGGCCGAGAUGAACGUGGAGCCCGAGAGGAAGUUUGGCGUGGUGGUGGUUGGCGUUGGCAGAGCCGGCUCUGUGCGGAUAAGGGACUUGCGGGACCCACAUGCUUCCUCGGCGUACCUGAACCUGAUUGGCUUCGUGUCCAGACGAGAGCUCGGGAGCAUUGAUGAAGUCCAGCAGAUUUCUCUGGAAGAUGCUCUUUCCAGCCAAGAGGUUGAGGUGGCCUAUAUCUGCAGCGAAAGUGCCAGCCACGAGGGCUACAUCAGGCAGUUCCUGAAUGCUGGCAAACAUGUCCUUGUGGAAUACCCCAUGACGCUGUCUCGGGCAGCAGCUCAGGAACUCUGGGAGCUGGCUGAGCAGAAAGGAAAAAUUCUGCAUGAGGAGCAUGUUGAACUCUUGAUGGAGGAGUUUGCAUUCCUGAAAAAAGAAGUGGUGGGGAAAGACCUCUUGAAAGGAUCUCUCCUCUUCACAGCUGGCCCUUUGGAAGAAGAGCGGUUUGGUUUCCCAGCGUUCAGUGGCAUCUCUCGGCUGACCUGGCUGGUCUCCCUCUUUGGGGAGCUUUCUCUUGUGUCUGCCACUUUGGAAGAGCGAAAGGAAGACCAGUACAUGAAGAUGACUGUGUGCUUGGAGACUGAGAACAAACGCCCACUGACAUGGACUGAGGAGAAAGGGCCUGGCCUAAAGCGCAACAGAUACCUGAGCUUCCAUUUCAAAUCUGGGUCCCUGGAGAAUGUGCCCAAUGUAGGAGUCAAUAAGAACAUUUUCCUGAAAGAUCAAAAUAUAUUUGUCAAAAAACUCUUGGGCCAGUUCUCUGAGAAAGAGCUGGCUGCAGAGAAGAAGCGUAUCCUGCACUGCCUGGGGCUUGCCGAGGAGAUCCAGAAACACUGCCGCCCAAAGAAGUAAGAUGACGGGGAGCCCUUGGCACUUCCGACACGGGGCCAGAGCUUUGUUAUAUCAAGACCUGAUCUUUAUCUUUAUUCUGAUAAUUAAACACAUUCUCUUGGGUGAACAGAAUUUGCUUAUGGUCACAAGCUAUGUGUGGGGGUAAUAUUUGGGGAUGGGGGCGUGUGCAGUGGUGACUAGGAAGUAGCUAACCUUGGGUGAGCUGAGUUGGAUGCCUCAUUUGCCUGGUUUCAUUUACUUUUCCCUACAACUCUCUGAGGGGAACAUUGGUGGUUCAGUGGUAGAAUUCAUGUCUUCCACGGAGGAGACCUAGGUUUGAUUCCUGGCCAGGGCACCUCGUGGGAAGCCACCACCUGUCUACCAGUGGAGGCUUGUGUGUUGCUAUGAUGCUGAACAGGUUUCAGUGGAGCAUUCAGACUAAGACUAGGAAGAAAGGCCUGGCAGUCUACUUCUGAAAAUUAACCAUUGAAAACCCUAUGGAUCACAACAGCCUGAUCCACAACUGAUCAUGGGGAUGGCACAGGACCAACAGUGUUGAGUUCCACUGUGCAUGGGGUCACUGUGAAUCAGGGGCUGACCUGGCAGCAGCUAACAACAGCCCUAUGAGAUAGGCUUGACCCUGCUGGUUUUGUUCAGGAUAUUAGAAAACCUUGCUGGAGGUCACCCAUAUACAUAGUAAACAAAACCAGAUUUUAAAUCCCACCCAUGCUCUGAACCACUGCAAACACUGCCUCGAAGCUCGCUCUUUCCUGCUUUAAGGAAUUUUAUUUUCCCCCACAAAUUUUAAGUGGGCAACUCUGCUAGGUGCUGACAAUUCUAAAAAAUGGUAAGACAAGAUGUAGUCACUAUCCUUAGGAAGCUCCCUAUGUCAAAAGGGAACCAGUCUCACAAACUGGUCAUUAUAGUGUGGUAGGUCUAGCAGACCUACCUGGCUUAGCACCUGGCCACUGGAAAGGGGUUCAGGGAGGACUUCAAAACUGUACCUUCAUGAUGACUAGGAGCAAGCCAGGCAAAGGUCAGGGGAGGGCCCACCUGGCCCCAGCAAAGGAAGGGAGGAACAGCUGCUGAGGGUGCGGGGAACACUGAGUGCUCCAAGGUUGCUGGAGCAUGGUGUCUGUCAUGGGAGUCUCAGGGAAAUCUGUAAGCCAGGAGGAGGGGCUGGGGUUGUAUUUACUAGGCAGUGUGUAGCCUCGGAAGGCUAUUAUUUAACAGGGGAGUGGCUGGUCAGAUUUCUAAUUUCCAUCUAGCAUGCAGAAGGCUACCUGGAGGAGACAAGAUGUGAGAGCAAGGAGGAGGCAGCUAUCCGGGGGAGAGCCAGUGGAGGUGGAGGUUUUUUUUUUUUUUUUUUUCUAUUCCCUUAUUUAUUUAUUUACAAUAAAAACACUUUGAUUAUAUUACUUUAGGUAUUACUUUAGGUAUUAGGAGUCAAAUAAUAACAUAUGGUCUCAAACUACAAAUGGGGAAAUGUAAGAAGAAUAUAGUUGUUGAGGAUCCCACAGUUUAUUAGAUAUCCUAUCUGGUGGAACCAAUAUCAUUCAAUAGAAAACUAGCUAAAAAUGAAAAGUACUAGAAUUCCAGUCUCAAAUGUCCUUCCUUGGGCACACUCUGUUCUCUAGCACCUCCAUGCCUUUUCUGCUGGCCCCUGGCCCUUUGGAAUGGCUUCCAUUUCCUGCACACCUCUCUUCUCUGCUUCUCUGCCUGCUCCUUUCAGACCCAAGUCAAAGUCAUUUUCUUGAAAGGAGCCUUGCCCAGUCCUCCAAAUUAGUAUUAAGCUCUUCCUUCUCUGUGUUUUCACAGGCAUUUAUUUUUCUGGUAGGUCUGGUUCCUUUCCCAGUCUUCAGCAUCUUGCUCCAAUGCUUAUCCGUUCCACUCCACCUCAUCACCCCACAACAGUGGAGGUGUUUGACUGCAGCCCUUGGCCUUUGUGGAGGAGCUGCUGUGCUGAGUGGACCCCUCUGACCUGGAGGCAGAGCUGAGCCUCAGGAAGCCGCUGCUGCAUUUCACUGGUGGCCCUAUUGCUUUUUCACAGGAGCUGGUGUUAGAUUUCUUGCUCCAGUAACUGUUCCCCUCAUGGUUUUUACCUGCUUCCCGUUGCUGCUGUGAUGUUUAACCAUUUCAGAAGCUGUGAGGUCAGUCAUGGAAGCAAACCCUAGUUUCUACCUCUGUUUCUAAUAUUCCAUCCCAUAGUACCUCAAGGUAAAGCAGGGAAGUAUGUUAAUUUAAAAUCUGAAAAUCAAAAUAAUUCUAAAAAGGGAAAAGAUCCUUAAGGUUAUUCUCUUAUAUGCCUUGUAAAUUAUAAGUACCAGUCAAUUGGUAUCUUAUUUUUACGGAGUCCCUGGGUAGUGCAAACUGUCAAUGUGCUCAGCUACUGACCACAGUUCACCCAGGGGCACCUCGUAAGAAAGGCCUGGUGAUCUACUUCCAGAUGAUCACAGCCGUUAAAAACCUUACGGACCACAGUCCUAUUCUGACAUACUUGGCAUCGCUCUGAGUUGGAAUCGACGAAGGCAACUGGUUUGGCAUUUGUUCUUUUACUCUUGUUUCAUUAGCCCUGCCAUACGCUCCUUGGGGCCAGGGGGUGAUGUGUCUGUUUCUGUAUGCUCUGCAGCUUCUAGCACAAGGUAAGUAUUCAUCAACUAUUUGAUGAUUAAGAUGCAAUACGAUAGCCUCUCCCAUUUGAUAACUGCUGUCUCAAAAAUACUGCCCCUAUUUGAUAAUGGGCUAGGAGUGGACCAUGUGAUUACUACUUGCUAUUGAUAACUACUCUCAGCUUAUUUUGUGUUUGGCCAGGAGAAAGAAAAUGAAAACACCCACUGGUUUUACUAAUUGGUAGGAAUUGCAGAUAGAGAGAGGGAAAGACAUGGAGGAAAGAGAGCCCAGGGGGAUGAUGCCUUUUCUUUUCAACUGGCCUUGUCUUCCUUUGGGGCUGCUAGAGCACAGCCCUCCCCCACACCCCAUGAUGGCCUUCCCUAAAUGCCCCUUUGAAGGCCAUGCUCAUCUCCCAAACCCCAUCAAAACUUCCCCUCCAGAGUCACAGAAGUAAAAGAGCCAGCCGGAGUAUCCUUCAGCCUUGUGUUCAAAGUGCCCACAGGCUGUAGCUUCCGUUUCUCCCCUGCCUGAGGCUCUCUUGACUUUCUUGGAGGCCCACAGCGAGAAAAGGGCGAUUUGAGGUCUGAGGUUUCCAGAUUCAGUUUGCUGUCCAAGUUGGAGAAAAGAAGCUUCUAUCUUAUUGCCCAAAAACUCCUGAGUGCUGGGGCUCCAUGCAGGGCCUCAUGUCCCCAGGCCCUGCCCUCACCCCCGCCUCCCUGUGGCAGGAGUGACCUCCUAACGGUAAAACUGCAAAAGGGGCUGAGCACAGGUGGUGCAGCCACCCUCCCUCUGGACUGACUCAUCCUUAGGUGGUCCAUGUGUGGGUGAUGGGGGGUGAGUGAUGGGGGGCAGCAGGCUCUUCCUCUGCAGCUGUGAAGAAUAAUGUCAUGGAUUGAAUUGUGUCCCCCAAAAGUAUCUGUCAACUUGGUUAGGCCAUGAUGAUCAGUAUUGUGUGGUUUUCCUCCAUUUAGUGGUUGUAAUUUUAUGUUAUGUUAAAGAGGAUUAGGGUAGGAUUUUAACAACCUUACUAAGGUCACAUCCCUGAUCCUGGGUAAAGGAAGUUUCCCUGGGAUGUGGCACCACCUUUUAUCUUACAAGAGAAAAGGAAAGGAGCAGAGAGUUGGGAACCUCACAACAGCAAGAAAGCAGUACUGGGAGCAGCACGUCCUUUGGACCUGAGGCUCCUGCUCUGAGAUGCUCCCAGACCAAGGGAAGAUUGAUGACAAGGACCUUCAUCCAGACCCAACAGAGCGAGAAAACCUUCCCCUAGAGCUGGUGCCCUGAAUUUAGAUUUCUAGCCUACUGGACUGAGAGAAUAAAUUUCUCUUUGCUAAAGCCAUCCACUUGUGGCGUUUCUGUUAUAGCUGCACUAGAUGACUAAGACAAAUAAGUUACUCUAAGAGAGGGCAGAUUAGCAAACAUUUGGCCGCAGAUCCCAGCCAUGUUCCCCAGUCAGCUUUAACAAUAAAACUGACUUUUUUUUUUUUUUUUGACUUUGUCUCUCUCUUUCACUUGUAUCUAUAAUCUAUCCCCAAAAUUGGAAGGGGGGGGAAGCAGUGUUACUUAUCGGCCCCCUAAAAUUCCUACAGUAAAGCUUGUCCUCUGCCUGAAGGAAUCAGAUGAAAAAAGAGGAGAAUAUUGUAGUAGGUGACUCUAGAGUUCCUCAGGAGGAGCUUCUCUUGGAUAGACCCCUGAUAAGCCAGCCCAAUGGUGGUGGUAGUACUGGAGAUGGAAGGAUAGGGAAGGAGACUGACUCAGGAGGGGAAGCAUAGGGGACUGAGGAUGAGGGGUUGAAAGGAAACAGACAAGUCUUUCUGCAAAAGUAAUAAACAGAAAUUUAAGCAAGAAAGGAGAAAGGAAUAAGAGGCCCAAGCAAGCUAAACCCUGAUACUCAAAGCAUGCUAUGCUGACCAGCAGCCCCUACAUUGGCCUGGACUGGGAGUCCUGUGUGAGAAAUUCUGAGGCCCACUCCAGUCCUGCUGAAUCAGAAUCUGUGUUUUAAGAAGAACACCAGGUGAUUCAUAUGUACAUCAAAAUCUCUUGAAAGGUGUUACUCAAAUAUAAUAAGUGCAACUGUGAGGAAUACAACAAAGAGUAUUUUAAAAGUUUGCACUUGGAAAUAGCCCAAAGGUGGAAGCAACCCAAAGUGUCUAUCCAGAGAUGGUAUACCAUAAAAUGUGGGAUAUCCACACACGGGAAACUUAUUCAGCCAAAAAAGAGAAAUGAGAAUCAAAGGAGAAUGGAGAACACCAAGGACACAAGGUAAUUACAAGCCCAAGAGACAGAAGGGGCCACAUGAACCAGAGACUACAUCACCCUGAGACCAGAAGAACUAGAUGGUGCCCAGCUAUAACUGAUGUCUCCCCUGACAUGGAACACAACAGAGAACUCCUGAGGGAGCAGGAGAGCAGUGAGAUGCAGACCCCAAAUUCUCGUAAAAAGACCAGGCUUAGUGGUCUGAGUGAGACUGGAAGGACCCCGGUAGUCAUGGCCCCCAGACCUUCUGUUAGCCCAGGACAGGAACCAUUCCCAAAGCCAACUCUUCAGACAGGGAUAGGACUGGACAGUGGGUUGGAGAGGGAUGCUGGUGAGGAGUGAACUUCUUGGAUCAGGUGGACACUUGAGACUUUGUUGGCAUCUCCUGCCUGGAGGGGAGAUGAGAGGGUGGAGGGGGUUAGAAGCUGGCGAAAUGGACACAAAAAGAGUGGAGGGAGGGAGCAGGCUGUCUCAUUAGGGGGAGAGGAAUUGGGAGUAUGUAGCAAGGUGUAUAUAAGUUUUUGUGUGGCAGACUGACUUGCUUUGUAAACUUUCACUUAAAGCACUAUGAAGAUUUUUUAAAAAAUGAAGUUCUAAUACAUGCGACAACAGAGGUGAACUCUGAAAACACGUUGAGUGAAAUAACCAGACACAGAAGGACAAAUAUUCUGUGAUUGACUGACAUGAAAUAUCUAGAAUAGGCAAGUGCAUAGAAACAAAGUAGUUAGGGGUUACCAGGGUGAGGGGAUAAUGGGGGAACUGUUUGCUUAAGGGGCACAGUUUCUGUUUGGGGCAAUGAUAAAAUUUGGGAAAUAAUGGUAAAUUGUGAAUGGAAAUAAUGCCACCGAGUUGUACACUUAGAAACUGUUCAAACAGGAAGUUUUAUGUUAUUUACAUUUUGCCAAAAUAAUAAAAAAAAAAAAAAGCUUGUAUUAGGAAGAGCUUUCCUAGGCCAGGAAGACUUCCCUAAAGAAGUACCCUGAAACCUGAAGGCUGGGAAGGAACUGAAGCAGUUGCAGGUGGAGGAAGUGGGGGAGGAAAACAUUCCAGGCAGAGGGAACAGCAUGUGAAAAAUCCCUGUGUCCAGCCAGGCCAGAGGCCAGCGCUGCCACUGGGUUUAACAGAUCCAGGUGCCUUAAAUUCUGUUCUGGCAAUUCCAGUUGGCUUUUCUAAACCCAGAUUAAAAAAAAAAAUUGUGGAAUGAGAAUGAGGUACUAAGAAACAUUAGAAAGUCUCUUUUGCUGUUUUUUAUUAAAAAAUUGUAAUACUAAUUACCGUUCAUUAAGCAAGCAAUAUGCUCCAGGUCUGAUGCUAGGUUUUAAUAUUCUAUUCAAUUUACUUUUCACAACCCCCACAUAGGCCAUGUGAAUCAGCACUAUUUUCAUGCACCUUUUUAAAUACACAAGCUGAGAUAUGGAAUUUCAGCAGCAUAGCCAGGCUCCCUCACCUUCUGAGCCAGGGAUUACUAAAACUAUAGUAGACCUCUAGGCCAAGUCUGACCCACUGCCUGUUUGUAGCAAGUUUUAUUGGCACAGAGCCAAGUCCAUUCAUUUAUGUAUUGUCCCUAUCUGCUUUUACACAACAAUGGCAGUAAGUGGAGUCAUGGGGACAGAGACCUUGUGGCUUGCAUAAUCAAAAUAUUUACCAUCUGGACCUUUACAAAGGAGCCCUGGUGGUGUAGUGGUUAAGCACUGGGCUGCUAACCAAAACAUCAGAGGUUCAAACCCACCAGCCAUGAGAAAGCUGUGGCUGUCUGCUUCCGCAAAGAUCUCAGCCUUGGAAACCCUAUGGGUGGUUCUACUCAGUCCUAUGGAGUCACUGUGAGUUGGAAUGGACUCAACGCCCAUGGGUUUGAUUUGGAUUUGGCCCUUUACAGAAAACAUUUACUAACCCCUGUUCUGAGUGGAAGGGCCAAGAGUGAGUUCAGGCAUUUCAGACCACAGGGCUUUGCUCUUAUCCCCAUGCCCUGCUGGAGUCCAGGCAGAAAGUAUAGACUCCGUUGUAUCAUUAAAAAACAAAACAGUGAGUUGCUUCCCACUCAGGGUGACCCCAUGUGUAUCGGAGUAGAACUGUGCUCUCUAGGGUUUUCAGUGGCUGAUUUUUGGAAGUAGAUUGCUAGACUUUUCCCUGAAAUAUAAUGGCCUGGAAACUGCACAAGGGCACACAGGACACACUUGGAAAUUUCCCUGUUAACUGUUUCUGGUUUUCUUAUCAGUAGUUGAUAUUCAAUGAACAUUUAAAGAACGUAUACAAUGUGUGUGCUGGUGGUAUGUGCUCUGGAGGAUUGAGGUGAAUAAGACCCGGCUGGCCUCAGGAUGCCCAUGGAUGGCGCAUGGAGAGACACUGGCACCAGCAGGAAAGGACGGUGUCCUGUGAGAACUUCAGCUGGGGAAGAGGACACUUCUGUGUGGGAUGUGGGGGUGGGAGAAGGAAGCGGCCACUGGGUGGGGCCAACAAAAAUGGAUAUUGUGAAUACUGGGGAAGCCAGCACAACUUGACCAAGGCAAAGUCAUAGAAGCUUCUUAGAUAUAUCCAAACUCCCAUAGGGGUUGAGUUGCUGGGCUGAGGGCUGGGGACCAUGGUCUUGGGAGACAUCUAGUUCAACUGGCAUAACAUAGUUCUACAUCUUACUUUGGUGAAUAGCACCUGGGGUCUUAAGCCUGUGAGAGGCCACCAUCUGAGAUAUGUUUACUGGUCACACCCUGUCUGGAGCAAGGAAGAAUGAAGAAAACCAAAGACACAAAGGAAAGAUUAGUCCAAAAGACUAAUGGACCACAACUACCACAGCCUCCACCAGACAGAGUCCAGCACAACCAGAUGGUGCCUGGCUAUCACCACAUCUGCUCUGAUGGGGAUCACAAUAGAGGGUCCUGGACAGAGCUGGAGAAAAAUGCAGAACAAAAUUCAAACUCACCAAGACCAGACUUACUGGUCUGACGGAGACUGGAGAAACCCUAAGAGUAUGGCCCAUGGACACUCUUUUAACUCAGUACUGAAGUCACUCCUGAGGUUCACCCUUCAGCUAAAGAUUACCCAGGCCUAUAAAACAAACUCAUAGUUCAACCACGUAUAUGAGACUAAAUGGGCACACCAGCCCAGGGACACGGAUAAGAUGGCAGGAGGGGACAGGAAACCUGGAUGAAUGGAAAUGGGGAACACAAGGUUGAGAAGGGGAGAGUUUUGACACAUUGCAGAGUUGGCAACUAAUAUCACAAAACAAUAUGUAACCUUAGUAAGAUUUCUGGGGGUUCUGUUUUCUCACUUUACAAGAUGGGGUAGGACCAGAUGAUCUCCAGGGUCCUUGCAGGAGGAUUUGGAGCGAGAAGGACCAUGAGUAGAUCUUCUAUCAUGAAAAGAAGGUAUGGGGGGAGGAGCCCAGGCCUCUGUCUCCAGGCUGAAGGCUGAAAGAGGGCUGUGCCCUGGGAGAAUGUGGCCGAGAUAUAAAUGGUAGUCCUCCGACUGUCCAACCCACCGGCCUGUAUAACAAGGGGUUUCCUCCUCUCUGUGGAAGGGACUUAACUCUUGAUCAAGAGGACUGGCUCUAAAUGGAAAUGUUAUUCAGGGAGUUGCUAUGGGGAGAAUUUAAAAAGAAAUACGCAGGAUUAAGGCGAAAGAGUUUUGAUCAGAUGUCAGGAGGUUGGAACUUGGGCUUUGGCAGUAAUUUUUUUUCUUCUUCUUCUUGGGAGUCAGAAAGCUCAGGCUAGGAGUGAGGUAGGAGUGGAGAAGGUCAGGCAAGAAUGCAGACACCCCAAACGAGGCUGAGGCUGCAGGAGAGUGAGAAUGUCUGAAAGUGUCUGUUCACUUCUGGAGACUGCCAAAGUCCUGGGAUACUUAGCAACUGGCAACCACCUCCCUCCCUGUCCACGGGCAGAUUUCUUCACACGGCUGUGCCCUGUAUGGAAAUUACGGCUGGAAACAAAGAUCCCAAGCCAAGAACCCCCAUGAACUUCCUAGCGUAAGCAGUCAUUCCAGGGAGUUCCUGGGUGGUGCCAGUGGUUAAGGCACUUGGCUGCUAACCGAAAAUUUGGAGAUUUGAGCCCACCCAGUGGCACCUUGAAAGAAAGCCCUGGCAACCGCUUCUUAAAAAUCAGCCACUGAAAACCCUAUGGAGCACAAUUCUACUCUGACGCACAUGGGGUCUCCUCCAUGAGUUGGAAUCCACUAAAAGUAAGUUGGAAACCCUGGUGGUGUAGUGGUAAAGGUUGUCAGUUCAAGUCCACCAUGUGCUCCUUGGAAGCUUUGUGGGGCAGUUCUACCCAAAAAACCCAAUGCCGUCGAGUGGAUUCCGACUCAUAGCAUUUUACUCUGUCCUGUAACGUCGCCGUGAGUCGGAAUUGACUGGAGGGCAGAGUUCGUUUGGGAAGGGUGUUUUAGCUGUUCUAUGCCAGGCCCUUUCUCAUUCUUGCCAGCUGGUGGCGCCAAAGGCUUACCCGAGCGCUGGGAACUACAACUGGCGACAGAGCUGCCUUCUGUCCGCUGCCCGCCCAACAAUGGGAUCGCUUUUUAAAGUGAUGGUGUCUGUGCCGUGAUGAGGAGGAGAGCUAACUUUCAUCAAUUUAUAGAAUGAGGGACAAUAUUUCAGGCUUCUGGGCUCCUCAGAGACCAUUAAAUAGAAGGGGACCAAUUAUUUUUCUCAGAUUUUCUAAAAUCGCCAGCUGCUGAGUAGCAUCUGGGGUCUUAAAAGCUUACGAGUAGCCAUCUAAGAUAAAUCUAUUGGUCCCAUCAUGUUCGGGGCAAAUGAGAAUGAAGAAAACCAAAGACACAAGGAAAAUAUUAGUCCAAAGGACUGACGGACCACAUGAACCACAGCGUCCACCAGCCUGAGCCCAGAAGAACUAGAUGGUGCCCUGCUACCACUACCGACCACUCUGACAGGGAUCACAAUAGAGGGUUUCGGACAGAGCAGGAGAAAAAAGUAGAACAAAAUUCAAAUUCACAGAAAAAGACCAGACUUGCUGGUCUGACAGACUGGAGGUACCCCUGAGACUACAGCCCCCUGGACAUUCUGCUAACUCAGAGCUGAAGCCACUCCUGAAGUCCACCUUUCAGCCAAAGAUUAGACAGGCCUAUAAAACAAUAACACACGUGAGGAAUGUGCUUCUUAGUUCAAGUAUACGAGACCAAGUGGGCAACAGCUGCCCAAAAGCAAAGACGAGAAGGCAGGAAGGGACAGGAAAACUGGACAAAUGGACAAAUACAGAGAACUUGGAGUGGAAAGGGAACGAGGGAGAAUCCUGACACGUGGGGAUUGCAACCAAUGUCACAUAAUAAUUUGUGCAUAAAUUUUUGAAUGAGAAACUAAUUUGUGCUGUAAAUUUCCACGUAAAACACAAUAAAAUUAAAAAAAAAAAAUCACCAGCUGCUUUGCACAGGGCAAUAGAUAAGAAACACUUGUCCUCACAGAGUUUCUGUUUGGAUCAAUGAACAAGUUUUGGAAAUAAAUAGUGGUGAAGUUUGUACAACGUGAACACAAUUAAUGCCACCGAACUGUAUACUUAAAAUGGUUAAAAUGGCAAAUUUUAUGUUAUAUAUAUUUCACCACAAUUAAUAAGAAAAAAAGAAGACUAGAUUAGAAACCUGAGGAUUUCACCCUUGAGCAAAGGGAGUAGAAAGAAGAUUCUAGAAGGAAGGCUUUGACAUCAGUGGAAGGACCAGACAGACCCAAGUUGAGUGGACAGACAUGUCGAAUACCUGGGUGAACAAGGACAGGGAAGGGCAGCCCCCAUGAGCUGCAGGGCCCACUAUUCUCCUUCAGUUGGGGGCUGGGUCAGGAUUGGAGGAAGGGGCCAGGAGUAUAUUUGCCACCCAAGAGCAGAUAUCUUGACCUAGCUACCUUGGAUGUGGGCUAGAAACUGGUGUGGGAAAAGCAAUUAAUGAAACAGGCUUGGCAAGCAGGCAAGAGUGAGGGUGGCCAGGUUGCUUAAUGAGGGACUAAUUCCUGAGGAAGGGAGAGGAAAGGAAUACUCCGGAGUGGACUUGUAUAAGAAGUUUGACAGCUGAAGAAAAAAAAAAGCUGAGGACUUAAAAAAUGAAAUCAGCAUUUACACAAAGAUGGUGGCCUUAGGGCUUGCUGCUUUUCUGUGUCCCACAGGAAGUGGGUGGGCAGUCGGGUUGCAGGAGAGCUCCACUGGGCCCCCUGUAGUCUUCCUCUGUCCAGGCACGGGACAUUUUGUGCUAAUUAACUGACCCGCAAAUUCUCUAGUCACUCCUGUCUGUAGGCUGCACUGCUUCUCUGGGCUUCUAGGAACAGGAACUGCUUUUCUGGGGUAACGAAGAAGCUGUGGCCCUAUUUAAAUGUUACAUCAAAGUAUUGAAGCUGCCUCCUCAAUUCAGCUUCCAAGUUCAGAAAUAAAACAUAGAAAAAGGCGGGGAGCGAAAAACCUCUAUUAUGGAUUGAAUUGUGUCCUUCCAAAAUAUGUGUCAUAAAUCCUAACCCCUAUACCUGGGAGUGUACUGUCAUUUGGAAACAGGAUUUUCUAUGUUAUGUUAACGAGGCCAUAUCGGUGCGUCCUAAACCUAAUCUCUCCUGAGUUCUACGACUGGCAUAGACACAGAGAUGAGCAAGCACAGAUGGGGAAGAUAGAUGCCACGUGAAGGUUGCCCAGGAACUGAGGAAAGCCUGAGGCUAUGAGACAGACAGGGUUAACUGUGCUGGUGGCCGAACAAAAGAGUUUGUAAAAGAUUAUCAUUUAGAAAUUGGGUAAACAGGAACCCACUCUGUCAACAUGAGAUAGGACUGGGGCAGCCCAUGAAUUACUAUCUCCUUCUUAGCGUCUUUCUAGUCCCCUCCUCCUUUAGCAGGCUCUGUAUGCCCAGAGGAGCAGAGUGUGACUGCUGUUUGACCUUCCUUAGCUCUCCGAAGAUGGCGAUAUAGCGUGCGCUAUAUCCCAUGAUAAGUGAUGCCAAGGGCUGCUGAAAGGACUCCAUCUUGAAUAUCAGCAGCUUCCAUCUUAGAUUCCAGAUGCGUGUGCAACCUAAUUAAUAUACACCACCAUUCUGAGAAGUACCCGGCCCUUGAAAGAAGCCCACUAAAUAUUCAUUAUUGUCUCCACCGACCCCAUAUAAGACCUAAUCUUGCUUCCCUUUUCAAGUUAGUCUUUUGGAGAGGCUAAGAUCCCCGCUGACUCCUUUUGCUUGACUCAAGCAAAAUAAAGCGUGCUGAAGAUAAAGUUUGUCUUUCACGUGUAUUCUUACCCAGGAAAAGACAACGACCCUUUGUGUCAGAUUGGCAACUGGUAACAGUUACAGAAGCUGAAAGAAACAAGAAUCUUCCCCCAGAGCUGACAGAGAGAGAGAGAGGCAGUGCCCUGAAUUCAGACUUCCAGCCUCCUGAACUGUGAGAAAAUCAAUUUCUGUCCUUUAAAUGCCUUUGGUCUUCCUUGUAGGCAUAUGGAUAUUACCCUAUCACUGACACUGUUGAAGAUUGAAGUUGUCAAGGAUUUCAUUUUACUUGGAUCCACAAUCAACAGCCAUGGAAGCAGCAGUCAAGAAAUCCAAAGACGCAUUGCAUUGGGUAAAUCUGCUGCAAAGGACCUCUUCAAAGUUGUGAAGAGCAAAGAUGUCACCCUGAAGACUAAGGUGCAUCUGACCCAAGCCAUGGUAUUUUCAAUUACAUCAUAUGCAUGUGAAAGCUGGACAGUGAAUAAGGAAGACCGAAGAAGAAUUGAUGCCUUUGAAUUGUGAUGUUGGUGCCGAAUAUGAAUAUACCAUGGACUGCGAAAAGAAUGAACAAAUCUGUCUUAGAAGAAGUACAGCCAGAAGGCUCCUUAGAGGCAAGGAUGGUGAGUCUGCAUCUUACAUACUUUGGACAUGUUGUCAGAAGGGAUCAGUCCCUGGAGAAGGACAUCAUGCUUGGCAGAGUACAGGGUCAACGGAAAAGAGGAAGACCCUCAACGAGGUGGAUUGACACAGUGGCUGCAACAAUGAGCUCAAGUAUAACAAUAAUUUUAAGGAUGGCUCAGGAUGGGACAGUGUUUCGUCCUGUUGUGCAUAGGGUCACUAUGAGUCGGAACUGACUUGACGGAGCCUAACAACAACAGCAAAUACCUUUGUGAUAUUUCUUACAGUAGCACUAGGUAACUAAGACAAUCACCCACCCUGUCCCCCACCCACCCAGUUUCUCCUGAUUGCCACACAGGCAACUGGUGUUUAGUUACUUACGUGUCCAACGGUGGGUGACAGUGAAUUCUGUUCUCACUCUGUCCCUCAAAAAAACACACAUAUAAAUUGUAGCACACUAUGUAAACUGAUUUUUCACUAAACAAGUCUUGGACAUUGUUACUGGGUUCUUUUUUGACAGGCCUGUAUCUCCAAUUUCCUGUGCAGUGGGGUAGUGUUCCAUGAUGGCUGGAGAGGCCCCUCUGUUGUAUCUGUACGUGGGCUGCUUACAAGACACAUCUGACUGCCCUGCUGAGGCACAGAACUGCCUCCAAAGGCUUCCUCGGUUCAGGCUGUGUCCUAGAGGGCUCCCACUCUCUCUGAGCACACCCCGGGCAGAGAAGUUACACAGACCACUGACUCCCAAAGACUGAAAGACUAGAGAAACAACACUUCCUGUGGGUUUUUCUGUGCCAGAAGAACUGCUCUUUGGGAGGGAUAGAAAAUUUCAAGUGAAGAAACAAUUUCUGACUCUGACUCACAUUUCCCUAGCAACAGCUUCUUGAUUUCAACAAUUUUCUAGACGAAUUUCCCUGAUCUUUAGAACAUCCCAGCAGGCAUGGGAAAGGAGAGAUAAUCACCCCCGGCCUGGAUCAAAGCCCCAGAGCAGAGUUUGAGACAUCGGGAGUGAAUUCUUGGGGAGCCUUUCUUUGAUGGGUAGGAUGGGUGUCAUUGUUAUCAUUAUCAAUAGCAGGUAUCUCCUAGGCAACAAGUGACCUUGGACUCUGGAAGUCUGAGCCUACCUGAGAAUACCAGGAAGUAUAAGACUUGAAGGACUAAGGGCAAGUUUCUUUAAUGUGUGGAUGACUGAACCAGUGGGUACCUUCAUGGAGUAUGCAGUCUACUAGGUAGAUAGAAACAUAAUAUGUAAAUAAAAGUGAUAUGUUAGUCGACUCUGACUCAUGGCAACCUUAUGUACAACAGAACAAAAUAGUCUCGGUUCUGCAUCAUCCUCAUGAUCACUGGGAUGUUCAAGUCUACCACUAAGGCUGUUGUGUCAAUAUCCAUCUCACCGAGGGUCUUCCUCAUGCUGUAUGGCCCGCUACUUCACCAAACACGAUGUUCUCCAGCCACUGAUCGCUUCUGAUGACAUGUUCAAAGCAAGCAAGUUGGACAGCGUUCUCUUGUGAUCCAUAAGGUUUUCAUUGGCUAAUUUUUGGAAGUAGAUUGCCCUUUCUUCCUAGUCUGUCUUCAUCUGCAAGCUCCAUUGAAACUGUCCACUGUGAAAUAAAAUGAUAAGUUUUGCUUUAUGAAAACAGAGUUCUCUUGCCUAUGACACUAAAGGUCAUCGUAUUAAAUAUUAGAAACCUAUGUGUUGUAUAAUCAUAUAUAGAUAAUUUUAUAGUUAGGCCUUAAACUGUAACUUUUAGAAGCAGCUUGUCUAGUUUCACAUAAUUGUACAAGGGUAAGUCAAAAAGUAUUGCUAUAACAUAUAGAAAGCUUUAUUAAACAAAAAUAUCAAAAUGUGAAGCUAUUGUUUCUCAACAUGUCCUCCUUCUAGGUCUAUACACUUCUGAAGGCAGUGUUUGCAUCUCUCUAACCCUUCCUCAAAGAAUGCUACGCUCCUUGAUUCACACCAUGUCAAAACGGCAGUUUUGGCACCCUCAAGGGACUCAAAUCACGUUGUUUUUAAAUGUUCUUUGAGUUUGGGGAAUAAACCGAAGUCUGAAGGGGCAAGAUCAGGGCUGUAGAAUGAAUGGGGUAAGGUUUCCCAAUGAAAUUCUCAUAGGACAGCACUUGCUACCCUCAAAGAAUGAGCAGGUGCAUUGUCAUGAUGGAAAAAAUUCGUCAAUGCAACUUUCCUGGCCUUUUUCUCACUAAUGCAGUUUUCACUCUUCUUAUAACUUCUUCAUAAUAAGCCCAGAAUCAUCCUGUGUCCUUUGAGAAAAUCUAUCAAGAUUAAUCAAGAUUACACCUUUGGAAUUCAAAAAACUGUCUCCAUAACCUUCUGAGUGAUCUUCCCUCUCUUGGCUCUAUGUUUGAGGUCUUCCUGGCCUUCCUUAAAAUGCUUGAUCCAUCUAAAAUCUUUUGUUUUAUGGGGGGCAGCAUUCCAAUAAACUUGGUGCAAAGCUUCAGUGAUUUGGGAAGAUGUCCGCUUCGGUUUUGUUAAAAAUUUGAUAUUAGCCCUGACCUCAAAAUCAUGUUUUUCCCAUGGCACAAAAAGUAUUCUUUUUUUUUUGAAGGCACCCUAACGAGUUUGUGUAUUACUGAGAGAACUUUUCUGCAGCCAUCCACUGAUCACAGAGACAUGUUUAAACAUGUUUUGUUUGGAAUAAACCUGUGCAUGUAUGAACUGGAACCCCAAUACCAAUACUUUUUGACUUACCGUCAUAUUUAGGUGAUCAGGCUCACUGAAACACUUGAAAUUUAUUCUUUCAGAAAACAAUGGAAGAGUAAUGAAGAUGUCCUGUUUCCAAGACUGCAGAGGUCUUAUGUUCAUGGCUUACUGAUCUUGUGAUUGUCUUAGCAAGGUUUCUAUUUUUCUGUUCUUUAUAGUGUUUGAAAACAUACUGCUGUCUUACAAGAUUCAUGUAUUCUGACAUAAUUGUCAACCAAUCAUAAUUUUUUGUUCAAUGUUCCUGAUGAAAUUACAUAUAAGUACCUUGAAAAUCUAUUUAAUUGGAGCACUGAUUUACUUGAUAAUGAUGUGAUGCCCAACUUUAAAAUUGCCUGUUAAACCUGCAUAAACCCAAAAACCAAA